AUGGCUUCCCCGGCCAAUCCUUGCGUGCACGUACUCUCCCAACUUUCAGCAUCGACGGACGUCCGCAGCGACCCCGAGCCCAGAAUCCCCACAAAGCCCAAAUCCACCACCUUUAGACACCCAGGCUAUCCCGAUGGCCACGAUGUCAUGUUUAGUCUACAAGCCCUUGACCGUGUGAUAGUUUCCAGCCAACCGCAAUCCGAUGAAGUACCUGUUUGGGGCAUCCAUCACCGGACCGCUGUCCAGGCUUGUUCAAUUGUUGCCUGCAAUGUGUCAGGUGUUUUGUCAUCAUGUAGGCUGGAUGCCGAUGUCCCGGCCCCUGCCACUGAUAUUCCACCUGACGCCGUCCUGACAGCCCCGCGUACUGACUUUGAAAAUUGGCGGUUCCCACAUACCAAUAUUCCGCCGAAAUGGCUUGUUAUGGAGUCGGAUGAAUUUGAGGGGAGUCCUCCUGCACCACGAACGCGAUUGGUUUGA